UUGUAAGUUGUGACUAUCUAUCCAACCUCACCUAUUAUUAUUAUGCUAUGUUUAGGGUUGCGAAAGGGGUUUUCCUCUGUAUGUAUGAGUGAUACUAACUACAACACGGACUGAUGGAUAUUUGAUAGCUACUAACGUUACCUACCUAAGGUUUAUCGAACUGAAGUAUGUGUAUCUAGGUACAAAGAUACAACAAAGAAGACUAGGAUUGCAACAUUGAUUUGAUUGUAUCGGAUUGAGUUCACAAUUGGUUGUUUUUGCUUUCUUUUUAGCCCAAUUAUUUAUUAUUUAUUUAUUAUUUUGAACAAAUACAAUUUCAGCGCAAACGGAUUCAUCCAUACCCGCAGGUCAAUCAAUGAUCAACUUCACAUUCUCACAUUCUCACAUUCUCACAUUCAGUACUCCGUACCUUAAAACCAUUCACCUUUACCCCACAUGACCACCAAUUUCUCGCAGUCGUACCUAAGUUAAGUCCCGAAAACAGUAAAAAUAGCUGUACCGAGAGGCCCAAAUUUAUCAACCUCGCGACAACCACCUUUCCACCGACACUCAGUACUCAGUAUCCAGUACACAAAUCAAUCCGUAUCAUCAGGGAAAUUCAUUAUAUUAUUCAAUUGCAUGACAAGAGGGCUGGGAAAAUAUGGCUGCUAUUGCCUCAAACGAAAUGUCUGCAGAUGGUGCAUCUAACCAAUACUCUGCACCGGCACCGCAAAUGAGUAGUCAAGCUCCUGCUGGCUCAAAUGCUGCACCGAAUUCCCAGCUUCCAGGCCAUGCUUCAUUUAGAAGGUAUGAUGGAAUUAUUGUCCGGUAUAUAAAUGUGCUGACAUUUUUCGGGAUGAAGACAACGAGCUUCACGAGCGUGCCAAGUACGUAGAUAUCUGCCAUUUCUUAUCCAUCGAUUUUGAUGCCUCGGUCCGAGGAGCAGAUUGUGAUUGUGGAGGAUUAAAUGGAUAUUGACAAAUAAUUGCUAACAACAAUUCGCAGACAUGCCAUGCUAGGAAGGUAAUGUUACGCAAACCUAUUGCGCGGCUGCAUUGUCGUGCAGCUUCUAGAGUAUAUAUUAAUGGGGGUGAUAGGUACGAUGUGAUGCUGCGAGUCUAGGCGUGCCUUGCACAAACUGCGUCGCAUUCUCGAUAGAAUGCAAGAUUCCAACGCCAAAACGCAAGAAAACAAAUGGCAAAGCCAAAGAUUCUGAUAGGUACAAUUUACCUCGGGCCUCUGUAGGGCUUGCAGCUGACGAGGGUAGCGACCGAGGAGAGACAGUCGACGAACGGUCACCUCAAAAUGAUUCCCCGAAUACCCAAACUCCUAGGAGUACCGUCACCUAUAACACUCAAGAUGGAACACCUUCGACUUCUCUCACGGAAGCUCAAGCCCGCCAGCGGGAGAAUGAUGAAACUACUUACGCUCAAUUCAUGAAGCCUAAAUUCACCAGGGCGCCCAUAAAGGAGGCAGGAAGAGUGGCAUAUCUGGGAGAAUCAUCAAAUUUGACAUUACUCGUACACGAUCGACACGGCAACGCGGACGUUGUGCAUUAUCCUUUACCGGAGAAUAUUAGGGGAUCUAGGGCGCGGUUGACGGAAUUGGAUAACGUGGAAAUCGAUAUCCUACAUCAACGGGGAGCAUUUCUACUUCCUCCUAGAUCUCUUUGUGAUGAAUUGGUUGAUGCAUAUUUCAAGUGGGUUGGCCCAAUUGUGCCUGUAAUCAAUCGGAACAGAUUUAUGAGACAAUAUCGCGAUGCCAAGAACCCACCUUCACUUUUGUUACUGCAGGCUAUCCUCCUGGCUGGAUCUAGGGUCUGCACAAAUCCCCAGUUAAUGGAUGCCAAUGGAUCAACAACCCCUGCUGCCUUGACAUUUUACAAGCGCGCUAAAGCCCUAUACGAUGCGAACUACGAAGAUGACAGGGUUACAAUUGUACAAGCUUUGGUUUUGAUGGGAUGGUAUUGGGAAGGACCAGAAGAUGUGACGAAGAACGUAUUUUAUUGGAGCAGGGUGGCGACUAUUGUAGCGCAAGGUUCGGGCAUGCAUAGGAGUGUUGAAGGUUCUGCACUCAGCAAAGCUGACAAGAGACUUUGGAAGAGGAUUUGGUGGACAUUAUUUACUCGUGACCGAUCUGUUGCCGUCGCUCUAGGCCGCCCCGUGCAUAUCAAUACGGAUGAUUCCGACGUGGAGAUGGUUAGUGAGGAUGAUUUCAUCGAGGAUGAGAAUGAUCAGCCGGCCGAAUUUCCUCAAGACCCUAUGCAUAUCCAAUUUUUUCUUCAAUAUGUUAAGCUUUGCGAAAUCAUGGGCUUGGUUCUCUCACAACAAUACAGCGUGGCUUCAAAAGCUCGACGGCAAAAUGCGAUUGACCUUACCCACAGUGAUAUGGCCUUGGCAGACUGGCUUUCUCACUGUCCUAAGGAGGUAUAUUGGGAAAUGCCUCGACAUCAAUUCUGGGCAGCUUUGCUACAUUCCAAUUACUAUACAACACUCUGCUUACUACACCGAGCACACAUGCCGCCCGCUACUACACAGAGAGCUGGUUAUGAGGAAAACGUAUAUCCAUCUCGGACUAUCGCAUUUCAAGCCGCAGGUAUGAUUACCUCCAUCAUCGAGAAUCUAUCGGCACAUGAUGAGCUACGAUACUGCCCAGCAUUUAUCGUUUACAGUUUAUUUUCUGCCUUAAUCAUGCAUGUUUAUCAAAUGCGAUCCUCGGUUCCUUCUAUCGUCGCAGCUACCCAAGAGCGAAUGCGUGUAUGUAUGAAUGGCUUGAAGAAUGUAUCGAGAGUCUGGCUCGUAGCUAAGAUGGUUUACACACUAUUUGAGUCCAUUUUGGGAAAUAAGGUUCUCGAGGAGCGUCUUCAGAAAGCUGCUGGGAAACGGCAUAAACGCAUGGCGCAAGGCAUUAGCGAUGGCCUCAACCAGGCCAAAAAUGACGGCCUGAAGAGAAAGUAUGACGAUAUGUCACUAGACUUUGGCGUAAGCAGUGGACCAGCGCCACAAGAAUCUUAUGAGCGCUCCAGACCACAAACGCCCAGUCAGGGAUUUAAUUCCUCCUCGAUGCCUGCACCGCCCAUCACAUCGCCAAACCAAAGACAAAAUCGAGAUACAUUCAUGGGAGGCUCUAGUUCUCGCCCUCAAACACGUCCAGCUACACCAUUCAACCCCUCAUAUUCCGUUCCGGCCACACCUCCAGAUCUCUAUCUCGUUACCAGAAACUCCCCAAACAUAUCGCAAUCUCUUUGGGAGAACUUCCAACCAGAUCAAUUGUUCCCUGAAGGUGGCCCUGGUCUAAAUAAUAUCCAAUUCUCUCCGCCAAGCCAUCCCAAUCUUGACCCAAACCUCAUGCCCAAUCUCGGUGCACCUCAACAGCCAAUUCCGAAUCAGAAUCAAUCAAAUCAACUGCCUCAGCGUAUGCAACGGGGCCAGCCUGGAAUGAGUAGUAGUCCUACCCAAGGAGGGAAUAUGCUUCCAACUGGAGUUCCCAAUUAUGGCAUGAACCAAAGUAUUUGGCAGCAAGGCUUUGAACAAACAAUGCACGAGCCUCAAGGCCAAAGUCCUAGUGAUACCUGGAGUAAUAGUUCUGCGCAAGCUGUUCCUACAACUUUGAACGUUGAAGAUUGGUGAGUCGACUAAACCGUGCAACUACCGGUUAGCAUACUAAUUUGGUGGUAUCCAGGUUUCAAUUCUUUGGAAUUAAUGGGGAUUUGACGGGUAUGAAUGGCGAUGUCCCACUCGCUUGAUCGUAUGGAAAAGGAAAUCGGCCCCUUUUGUUGCUUGUAGGCUAAGGCUUGCUUGAUGGAGUUCUUGAUCAUUUUUCCCGAGUAACCAAAAAAAGUCAUGAAGCGUGUAGGUGUAGCUCAUGCCACUGUAUUAUAAGCUUUUGAGAUCCACAUAAUGGACAUGUUAUGAAACUUAUCGAAGUGAAUGUCUCGGAAGUACAGAGACACAUUACUUGAUUAGGUAGCUGUAGCUCACAUAAAGAUCACAUAUGCCUCCCAAGUAAU